AUGACUAAAUACAUUCGAUUUUUCCGAGACCAGCUAUCCAAAUGUAGAGCUCAGAACCCAGAAGCGAAAAGUUUAGGGAUAGUUAAAGAAAUGGGGAGGCGAUGGAAGGAAUUUUCUGAGUCAGAAAAAAAAAAAAAAAAAAAAAAACCAGACUGGGUGGUAUACAAGGAAGAACUGGACAGAAUUAACAAAGCACUAACUCCAAGUCAGAAAGAAGCUCUUAAAAAAGAAGUCCUGCAAAAACAUUUAAGAAGGAAUGCACUAGCAAAAAGAGAAUUAACAGUGCUUGGGAAACCAAAAAGAGCUCGCUCAGCUUAUAACAUUUAUAUGUCUGAAAAAUUCCAAGAAGCUUCAGGUGAAACAUUGCAGGAAAAGAUGAAGUCUGCAUAUGAGCUGUGGAAAAUUCUGCCUUCCUCUCAAAAGCAAGUAUAUGUUCAACUUGCUAAUGAUGAAAGAAUUCGUUAUGCUAAUAAGAUCCAGUCUUGGGAAAAACAAAUGGCUGAAGUUGGACGUUUGCAGAAGAAGAAAUGA